UCUAUCCUAAUCGAAGCGAAGUUCUGUUAAAAUUUGACAAUUAUUGAAUAAACGAAAAAUCUUGGAAAGUCAUCUCUCAGUAACGACGAGGCACAAUUUCAGCUACAAUAAGAAGAUUCAUCCGUUAGUUUUCGACAUAUCACAAGUUAAGGUCAAAGUUCAAAAAGUAAACUUUAACCUUGAUUCUAUAAAACCACGUCUAACGGUUUAUGUUUUUGCAGCACGCGUGGUGUGGUCUAUAAGUUAAAAAUUCUUAAGCAUCUCAGAAACGCAUCUAACGCAAUGGGUACAAUUGGGUACAUUUGUCUUGCCGUGCUUUUAGUGCCGAAUUGUCUCGGUAUAGAUUACUUUUAUUGUUACAGCAGACCCUGUCCAGCACAAACAACAAAAUGCCAAAGAUUUUUAAAAAUAGUGUCACCUUUAGCGGCUGAAGUGACCAUCAACUGCUUAGACGAUUCAAAUGCAUUGUUGGAUACGAUUGUGUUCAGAAAAGCGCUAAAACUUUUCACUCACGAUGACAGGAUAGCGCAAAAAAAGGAAUUCCUAGAAAAAAAUGAAGAGUCAAACGAUGAACCCGAAAAAUUGAACUUGACCCUGGACGUUGAAUGAAUUUAGAGCAUAAUAUUAAAUACACAAAUAGUCCUUGAUCUAAAUUGUGUUUUGUUGCAUCAAUAAACAUGAUCCA